CCUUCGCAAGGAAUGGUUCACGCGCGCGCGUUCUUUCCUUCUCUCUGUAUAUUAUAAAUUGUGCACAACAAAAAUAACAUCACACCACAUCAGGUUCGGUCUCGCCCAGUGUGUUUGGAAUAUUGGUGUGCUCCGGACUCGGUGUGUCACACACUCACUCGGGGUGUCCCCAGAGCGGCAGAGCACAUUCACUACGAAAAACGGCGAACAGGCGGCAGACAGAUAGACGAACACUACGCUGCUGGGUGAAAGCCGAAAAUUUUCCUCCCCGUGCUAUAUAUCCUUUGGAAUUUUUCUGUCCGUCUUCUACGGUGUCGGUGGAAAUUUUUGUCGAUCCUGGAAGUGUGGAAUCUAUCGCUUUACUCCAAACGACUAUCGGACGCUCGUGUCUGUCCCUACUCGGACCCGCAAAGUGUUGGUGUUCUGUGACCCUGUGAGCUGUGGUAUCAAGUGAAAUAUUAUAACCUAUUUCCGUCCCUUUGCACCGCGUAGUAUUCCUUUUCGACUGUCUGUCGAAAUUUCGUGUGUUAUGUACAACAGUCGGGCGAUUGCUUGGCCCCUCAUGAGCUGGUGAGAAAAUGUGAAAUGGAGCGUUUCGAAACCCACGGUUGAUUGAAGCAAGCUUUCCUUUAAGCAGCGUCCUGAAUUGAAUGAUCUUGAAGAUUUUCGCAUUGCUGCAGUGAAGAAACAAACAACUGUGACCCGAAAAUAAACGUGAACUGCACGGGAGGGAGAGAAGAAAAUUCCGUUCUUCAAACAGUUGCCAAAUACGAAGGAAAAUUCGACUGCCGGUUUCCAGGUUUCUUUUUUUUUGUGAGUAAUUGAGAAGUACGAUAGAAGAGUGGAAAAAUUAUAAUAGCUGAAAAUCAAAUACUUGAAAAUCAAGCAAACAAAAUUAGAUUAAACCAGCUACCAAGGAGUCUGUAAAGCGUUCAGCGUGCGGAACAGAGUAAAUCGAAGUGGAAAAUCGCCUCGAGGUGAAAAAGUUGUGUUUCCAAUUUUCGCUUCUGCCGGAGAGUAGCACCCGUCAGUAACUGUCUGUGUGUGUGCGCCCGCUUGCGAGAGUUUGGAGAAUUUUCCUUCGCGUCAGUGUUGUUGUUCGCUACUGGCAAAGGUCCUACUCGCCGAUAAUAACCGCGACACUGAGGAUAAGAAGUGUGUGGGAAUAAGGAAAAGAAGAAAAAAAACAGGCUUACAAGUUCAAUGGAAAAUUGAAAGUGAAGGUUUUCUGGUGCUGUCUGUAGUGAUUACUUCCGUGACUGAAGAAGUCAAUUUCGUUGAGUUACGGGCCAGAUGAAUUUCCCCGGCUUCAGGCUUUAUCCCAUCCGCACAGGGGAUUACAACCAGUGAAAACCGGUGGCAACAGCAACAACAUUAGAUGUCUAACAAGCGGAACCGGACCGGAAAGUGAAGUGCGAACUGUUUGUCCCCGAAUCGGAUCCUUCACACCCCGUCGGUGUCUCGGUCACCCACAGCCGGUUAAUGGUGCCGGUGGUAUCUUCCGGUUUGUCAGCAACAGCAGCAGCAUCAGUGUGCCACGACGAGGUCGUCGGGUGAUAAAAACUGGAACAGUCAACCACGCCAACAGCAAUUACUCAGCACCGUGGAAGUGGUUUGGGAACAGCACUCAUCAGUGAUACGACGGCCCGAGAAGGACGGAAACAUAAAUUAAGCGUAAUGCUCGUCAGGAACCAACCGGACACGGGACACAUAAAGCGAAUAAAUAAUCAUCAUUAUUAUCAUAAAAUAUAAAACGCAGUUUUUCGACACCCCCCAGCGGUGUGUUUCGUGUGAGCAGGGGUUAAAUGGUGUCAUGCACAAACAGCACAAAAAAGCAUCCCUCAUUAAGUCAUCAAAAAGUAGUGAAUAAUUUACUGCACAAGUGAUUCGACAAUGAAACGAUAAAACUUAAAGAGUAUUUAAUGAAAAUUUGAGCACCAAAACCGAACCACUCUAGGCAAGUGAAAAUUUUUGCUUCAUCUGCUCAACUCUCGCAAUAAACUAGUGUUUCUAUCCUAUCCUUAGCCCUUCGCUUUAGAUACUAUUUUCCUGCCAGCAGAUAAAGCAAGACGUGUGUAUGUGUGCCAAAUAGAGGACUAAGCACAAACAGGAGAGAUCCUACACCCACCGUAACUCAUACCAGUCCAACCAUUUCCCAUUCCAUCCGACACAACUUCUCGUAUUCAUGAGAUUAAAGUGUUUAUUCUGCAACGUUAACUGUAGACUCUAUCGCCCUCUUUCCUACUACUGCUGGCUUGCCUUGCUACUGAACUACGUACACUCUGCGCCGAAACAAGUGAUUUUAGGCAGUCAACUUUCACCCGCUCUGAUCUAUCUUGAUAAGCUCUUGAUCCCGCCGAAGCUCCCAGUGCACAAAAUAAAGCGCCACGUGGUGCAUCCGAGUGUGAAAAGUAAAGCAGCAGUGAGUGUAUACGAAAUUUGAAAAAAGAAAAAAAAGCAUUCAAGUAUUAUCAAGUAUCUGUAGUGACGAAAAAAAAAGUUUCGGACGAGGUUAGCACAACCAGCUGGAAAUUCAGGGGGAACCGAAAUUGAUGGAUUGUACUCUGCACUAGGAAUCCAGGUGAUGACGUGAUGAUACCAACAGCCCAUCAGCGAGUUUGGAUUAUAUUUUGUUGGUACCUAGUGUUACAAUGUUUCUUCAGCAGCCUCCGCUUCAUUCCAGCGGCCACUGCCGACAGUGGCUCCGCAGACCAGAGCCUCCGUUUACUAGAUGACAGUGAGCUCGUGCUGCUCGGUAUUCAUCGUCAGAAGCAGGAGCAGCAACCGAACCAUGGAAGCCAGUCUAUGACGACGGCGACGACGACGACGACGACGACGACGACGCCCCACGAAACACCAUUCUUCGUCGGCAGGUCCAAGGCAAGGGUUAACCAUAAUCGUAAGAUUAAUUCAGUGUCUUACACAGCGAGUAUAGAUAAUAUUUUGAGCAACCUCGAAGACGAGGAUAACGAUGAUUUUGAUCGGCCGUUUGAGUUCUACGACACUCAGCUCGUCUCCGGUGCCAAACUUUACGAACGGAAUACCGCUGAUCCCCAACCGGCACGGCACCGACUAUUAGUUAAUCGAAUUGUCCAACAAUACUAUCCCAACCAGCGUCGCCACCGGAGGUCCCUGAUUUUGCGUCGGCCCGCUCGCAGUGCGAACUCCGAUGCACCGAGACCAAACGUAGCACUUGCGUCCUCUAGCAGUACACUAUCUCCCAGUUCUAUUUCUACGAUUUCACCACCGCCCGCGUCCCACCUGGAAACGCGCAACGAACCUGUUGUAAAUGAACCUUCCAACCAGAUGAGUAGUAGUAAUUAUAAUCAAAACCAACCAGAAAAGAAUGGGAAGAUGGCUGUGACUGAUAUUAUUAGGAAUAAUAAUAGUGAACAUAAUUUCGUUAGAAAUCUGACGCUCGCUAAUGCCGAGCAUUCAUCAUCGGACAAGAGCCGAGAGCGGGAUGGGAACAGAAGGGUCGCAGCUGUGACAUUACUGCGGCAGCCCGAAAAGCAAGACGCCGCUGCUCCGGAAGUAGACCAGCGAAAGGAAACGGAGUUAGCAGCACUGGGUGCUAACAGAGCCACCCAUCAGCACCAUCCGGACUCGGAGACUAAUACAUCAACACAGAAAACAGUAACAUCAACACAAACAGCCCCACUAACGUCAGUGGCAGCCGGUGGCAACGUAGUGGAUUUCGUUGUUGAACGAACAAUGGCACCACGGGAACAUUUGCCGCAAAAUAGCUACAGUGGCAUUAAUGUCGACAGUUUCAAUUUGCUCGACGACAGCGUUCAUGUCAGCAACAGCAGCAAAUCGUCGGCGUCGACGUCGGCCCACGUCGGAGAUCCCUCCACGCACUACAAUUCCAAACAGGAACAGCCGGAGCGUCUGAGUAGUAAUAACUUAUUUGCUAGUGAAAACUUUGACGAGCAAAUUAUUUUCCUUAACGGUGGCGACUUGCUGGAAGGCAGCCCGGAACAGUACGACAUGCGCCAGUUCGGCAAGGUAGAGCGUGACGUGAAAAUGGGUGACUUGAGAAAUAGUAACCCGUUUCUCACGGACGAACCGGUGGCACUGCCACUGAGGCCCAUCAUCCGGGGACCGACGGACGACCACACCGAGGAUAACGUCGUCAUCAUCUAUGCCGAGCAGCACGAAACGGUGACACUGGCUUGCGAAGUCGAUGCCGACAUCACUUCCAGCGUGUGGCUCAAGGAUGGCCAGAUGGUGCACAUCAUGGACAAAAAGUCACGAACCGAUGACAUACGGUUUGUCCGGGAAUCGCACGGUGGCAUCACCAUCCGGAACGUGAUGAUGGAGGACGACGGCGUGUGGCAGUGCGAGGCAGAGAACGCCCGGGGUUUCUUCUUCAACGGACGGCCGAUCAAGCUGGUGGUCCUGGAUCCGCCGAAGGAACCGUACCUGCUGAUAGACCAGCGGCGCCUCGAUGCAGGCAACAUGUUUAUCCCGGUGAAGGAAAACUCCGAGCUUACGUUGGCCUGCGUCAGCGAGGGCGGAAAUCCUAAACCGUCGCUCAGCUGGGAAGUGCUGCUUAGUCCCGGGAUCGACCGCCACGCACAAAAAAUUUCCAACGAUGUACUGGAGCUGCAGGAGAUUAAACGAGACAAGGAUAAGGAAUCCUACAAAAUAAACACUGGUGCUAUUUCGGAAGCAAAACUUCCGGCCGUCUUUCGUGUGCAUCACAACGCUCGCAUCCUCUGCGUCAUGGAACAUCCGACUCUGAAAAUGCGUCAAAACGCCUCGAUCCUACUGGAUGUGCAGUACACUCCAUCAUUUGCCAUCACGCGAACGCCCGGUUUCGGAUACCCGCUACGAGAGGGCAUUGAAGUAUCACUCAAAUGUGACGUCGACUCGAACCCACCAUCGACGCCGGUCUGGCAGAAGGACGACGGGGAAACGCCGGUACCGCAGACCGGCGACGGAUUCCUCAAUUUCAGCUCGAUUAGACGGGAACACUCCGGGUGGUACAAGUGUACCUCGCGGCAUCUUAACUUCCAGUACUCCAGCAUUGGCUAUUACCUGAGCGUGCGAUACGACUCGGUCGAUGUCACAUCGGAACCGGUGGAACAGGAUCUUCCUCUGUCCUCCUCCUCAUCGUCGUCGUCGUCGUCGUCUUCGUCCGCCACCUCGGCCGCAGCCAGCCUGCAGAACGGUGCUAAUAACUUCAAAGGUGGCCAAAUGGAGGUGGAACUCGGCGGUUCCGUCACGCUCCAGUGCCCGCAGGGUUCACUCGGUUGCUGGUCCCAUUUGGAUCCGAUAACGGCCCGGCUCAAGGGACUCGGCGUCGGUAUCUCCACGCCGACCGGCCAAUUUUCGCUGAAGGACGUCGUCUACCAGGACGCCGGCACGUACAAGUGUGUCGGCCAAAGCUCAACCAAUCGCAAAAAGCUCGAAGUACUGCAAACUGUUUCGAUUGCUGUUAAAGGCGCCCCGACAGUGAUUGCUCGGAACACAACUCCGGUGGCAUUUCCGGGCUCACCGUUGCACCUGUCCGUGGAGUUCUGUGCCAAUCCUCCGGCCUACGCCGCCCGAUGGUUGCACGGAGAUCUGGUCUACACGCCCGGAAAAAAGUAUGGCGACGACGUGCUGGCCUACGGGUUCAUUGAUCUGCCAACACCGUUCUGCAAGGAAGCACGUCUGACCUACGUGCACAUGCACGAGAAAGUUCCACGUACGUUCUAUUUCAUCGUAUCAUCGCCAGGUGGCGUUGCGGAAGCGAUCUUCAACGUGAACUUUACGCUGAAACACAAAACCACCGGGUCCUCGCAGUCCUCCUUCUCGCCGACCUCCGGCGGUGCGGGGCCAUUCGGUUCCGCCUCGUCAUCCCUUUCGUCGGCGUCAGCAUCCGCUUCCGGUGGUGUGGGGGCCGGCAGUGCAGGUAGUGGUGGCCUCAGUAGCGGUGGAUCCGGCUACAAAAUCAACACCAACACCAUCAACAAUCUACCCAACAACGGCUUGGACGAGGACGAAGAGCUGAUGGAACCGGAAGAGAUUCAUUUUCCCAUCUUUGGCUCGGGCGCCAACAGUCCGACACUGUUCAUCUGUAAGCAUCACUCUACUCUCUAUCGUUGUUACUUCGUAUUCCUAGCAUUGUUGACGUGUUUUAGAUAUGUUUUAUUAAAGUAUUAAUUAAAGCGUAAUUAGACGAGUUCUCCGGAAGCGGGAACAAUGAGAAAUAGGAGAAUGUGGUUUCGCACUAACACGAAAACUGUCCCGUGUUGGUUUCCACACUGCUACUUUAUCCUUAUCCUUGGAAUGAUAGAGAUUUACUCGUCGAGUGAAUGUGUGAUUUUAUGUAGAUAUGUAUGAACAAGUUUGAGCGCGUACUUUUUUCCGCUUUCUCUGGGUGACACGUCAGCUACUAGAAAACUCCUCUAAACUUUUUCUCUCACGUUCCUUUCGUGGUACCCCGUAUGGAAGAGUGCAGUUUCAGCUGAAACAUGCAAAAACCGUUCCUAGCUUACGUGUAUCCUUUCCCAACAGAACAAACCAGAUACUGAAGCAUCCCCAGUUACCUUCUAACAGCAGUCCUCUAGCUGCAAAACCACAAGAUUUCAACCACUUAGCUGUCAGUGAAAUCCUUCUAAAUGAAGAAUUAAUAUCUGCGCGAAGCGCCAAACCGUGAAGGCGUAAUUACACCGCCGCACAAUAAAUUCAACUUGCCAUACAAACUCACCCAACUCAUCCUGCUCUACCCAAUAUCACAACCGCCACACCGACGAAUCCUGUGCACGUGGAAAAUCCCAUAUUAAUUAGUCGACAGUCAGUCAGUCAGUCAGUUCGUCAGUCCGUCACUGCGUUAGGCGGGGUUUCGUGUGUAUUCAGAUGCUGCUUUUCCCGUGCUGGCAACAUUUCUUCCAUCUGCCUGCAGGGAAGAAACUAGUCGGAGACUUCCUGGCUGGAUGAAACACGUCGGGUACAUUUGCUAAUAAUCGUUUCUCUAGCAUCAAGGACCCCACUUCCGUACGUAAUCAUGGCAAUUUCAAGAAACUAGUCACCAUCCACAAGAAAACGAACAAAAUGAAUCGGUGCCUUCUGAUGCAAAUUCAAUUACAUUUGCUGUACUUGGCUGCUGUUACAUGAGCUUCCCGGUAGUGGUAUUGUGUUUGGCGAGGAAACUAGUUUAGUUAACUGGUUAGAAGAAGCACUAACAGUUUUCGUACUUAUAAAAGCCAACACGUAAUCGCCCAGUAUUGCUUUGCUUAACUAACAUGUUUUCCACGUACCUGCAACAUCAAGUUAACCAAUACACAGUUUGAUCUUUAAGGAUCAAAUGUAAACCAAGUUUAAUUUAGUUUGUAAUUUGUGUAUUACGUACAUUUUGUUUGGAACGUAUGUUAUAGAUCUAUGUAUUUAUAUAUGCCGUGCAACCAGUUUAUCAAAGUGGCUUGAACGAUUGAGUUUAAAAUAUUUUUUUAGGAAUAAUCUAUUCUCAAACGAAUGUGAAGCCUGUCUUUUUGGAUGAAAUAUCUGUUUUGAUUAGUUUCUCUUUGAUGGAAAAUUGCUUACAUUUUAUGAAUGUAGAUUUCAAUUUUCCAAUAAAAAAAGAUGUUAGAUCACGCUACACAAAAUAAACAAAACUAAAUUUGUUCUGUUGAGAAAACAGUUCUCCGGAAAAUUGAAUAGUUUUACGCCAACUUCCACAUUCAUUGCCUUUCGCGUGUAAAAUUAAAGGAUCCUAUUUUUCGAGAUUACAAAAAGAAGGUACGUAAAUAUUUAAUUCGCAAUAGAUUCUGCAAGCGAAAAUACAUAUGGGAAUGUGUUCGUUCCUAAUCAAAUGUGUUAGUGGAAGUAAGCUAAAACUGAACAAUUUUUUCUCGUGAAGUUUGAAAAAAAGGAUUUUAGACUAAUGGUGUUUUUCAUUGAAAAAUACUGGAGGCGUGGAUUGCUCUGGUUUUGCACUUUCGAGCAGAAAUGAUAAUGAAACACCGUAAAAAAAUUGCACUUCUGCUUGAAAAAGCAAAACCAGAGCAAUCCACGCCACCAGUGUUUUUCAAUGAAAAACGGCAUAAGAUUUUCGCUUUUCUUGAAUUGUAAUUCCAAGCAGAAUGAACUGAUUUGUUUAUUUUCUACCAUAUAAAAGAUUUAUUGAUUAAAAUCAGGAAAAAGCGCAGGAAUUAGUUUUUACGCACACAUCGUUGACAUAAAUACUGUCCCAGAAAGUAUGGACACACUUUGAUUUCGCUGUAAAUAAUUCACAAGUGUUAGGUAUUAAAUUUUUUUCGAUAUACUGAAAAUAUUAGACUACAACAACAGAAUAUUAUUCUCAGUAUUUGCUAAUUAGCCAUUGUAGACUAGCUGGCGCACCUUCUUGCGAACGUUUCUCAUUAAAUUCUGUACAGACUUCUUGGCAACAAGUUUUGACAUCUUUUUCCAAUCUUUUUCGAACUGUUGAAUGGCUGACAUGUUUCCUAAGAUGUGCCCUCGUUAAUGCCCAAAAUUCCUCAAUUUUCCGAAGUUGUGGGCAAUUUGGUGGAUUCAUGUCUUUUGGGACGAAAGUGACAUUUUUGCCGCAGCUACAAAUUGCUUGCCAGACCAUAGCUUUAUUACCAAAUUUUUCGACUUCAAUCGAUGUCUCGGACUGGUUCAAAACUUGCCCUUCUCGCACCGUAUAAUAUUGUGGUCCCGGCAAGGAUUUGUAAUCGAGUUUCACGUAGGUUUCGUCGUCCAUGAUUAUGCAGUUCAAAUUUCCAGCAAGAAUCGUAUUGUACAGCUUUCGAACCCUCGGCCUGAUCGAUGCUUCUUGUUUCGGACUACGUUUUGGUUGUCUCUGCUUCCUAUAGGUUCGAACGCCUUCAGUAUAAGUUUAUCCGACUGAGGGUUAGCAGGACCUUUUUUCGACCCGUUUUCGGUUUAUCCUCUAAAGUAUUAUCCUCACCGAACUUCCUGAUUGCAUUUCGCAUGGCCUUUUCACUUACUCCUUCCAUUUUUGCUAUCUUUCUCAGUGAUAGUCUGCAUUCUGUGCACCAUUUGUUCACAAUUUUACGACGUUGUUCUGCUGAAAGUCCACGCAUUUCGAAACAAAACUAAUGAAAACGAAUAAACAACUGCACAAGUAGUUAGAGAAGAGUGUAAAUCACAGGACGCAGCCAUAAAAAUUGACAGAUUCUGAACCAUUGCGAAAUGGCAGCGGUUUUUUUGGUUGCCUCCAUACUUUCUGGGACUGUCUUUAUAUGAGUGAAUAUUAAACAUUUUCAAUUUAAUCACUUUGUUCAUACAAUUUUUGUACAUGGCUUGAAGAUAACAUGAUGCUCAUUCAUUAACAUGCAUUUAACGAUGGAGACAAUCACGCAUACAAUUCACUGGGUUCUAGUUUUGGUUAAACAAGUUUUGUUAAUUGCAACAUCUCCACACGGAAAAACCGAAAUCAGCAUUUUGGCGAAAAAAAUAGUUGAUUUUCUGAUUUUAGUUAUUUAUUUUUUGAGACAAUUUAAAAAUCUUACUUUUGCUAAUUUAGAUUUUUUUAAUUCUAAUUCCCUUAAUAAUAAUAAAAUAUUUGUUGAAAUGGCUAUUUUUUUAGUUGAAUUCACCAAUUAAACGUGCUGUCAUUUCUUAGCUAAGGCACACUUCAUUUCCAUUCAACUAAUUUUUUAAUUGAAUUAGAGAAAUAAAACGUUGUUUUCAACCAACAUAAAUGGUUGAACUUGUCACCGAAAAAACGUUAACACCGUAAUGACUACUAGCCACUAGAUGGCAUACUACUACUGAAAAAAAAUUAAGUCGCGGUUGUCUUUUCUAUAUUGGCAGGUAUAAAUACGAUGUUGUAUUGGAGAAAAAGACAUAAGCGAAAGAUAAACUUCUUUUUGAAAAUUUUUCUUCAAAAUCGCUGUUUUCUUCAUUCGAUUUCGCGAAAUCGACUUUCUCACUGAAAACUUUGAGCACUCGGAAAACAAAAACCGAAUACAAGUAGCACAUUGGACGGCGUAGCCCGGAAGGUUGGAAGAUACAAAAAACAUCAUUUGACAUGUACAAUUAGAGUGCAACUUUCGAAACUCACUUCACUGUUCCGCGUAAAAACAUUAUUACGCACAAUCACUUCAAAUGCGCACAAAUUCUGAAUAAAUACACUUUCCACUAAGAGUUUUUACAUAUCGGUUUAGAAAUUUAUAGAUGGAUAUAUCGUAACACAUGCGAAAAACAUCUAAACAAUUUGCAAGUAGUUUCAACAAGACUGUCCUUUUUAGCUUUUUAAUGGAUUGUUUUGCUUUGACACUUCUUAUGAGUUUUUGGCUAAUUAACUUGUUAAUAAAACCAAUUUCAUUUUUGUUUUCUUUGUGCUGUCCUUCAGCAAUGAUGGUGAUAGAUAAAUAGAAACAAAUUUUCUGAUUUAAAAUUAGUUGUAAAUGAGAAUUUCGUGUUGGAUUGAAAUAUUGCUGGUUUGUGUCCAGGAUAUUCGCCAACUAAACUCAUUCUCUAAAAAUAAGAGAUUUUUUCAGCAAAGCAAACUCUCAUUUUUAACUAAUUUUAUAGGUAUUCUGGAAAUUUUGUUGUUGAAAUCAACUAAUUCAAAAACAGUAAUACGAAUUAGGCGCAGAGCUAAUUUCGGUCGUUCCGUGUAGCUAACGUUAAAACAUAGCGUGUUUUCGACUAUUUCUGGCCGAUGCAGGUUUGGUCAUUCAUUGAUGAGUCAAAGACGAAAAGUAAACAUAUUGAAAACGGUUAUGUGCCCUAGCACAAAAUUUGGCUCAAAACAACAACUGCAAAAAUCAAAAAUUGCGAGAUCGUAAUUUUUUGAUUGGAGGGUUUUCCGUGUAAUCAUGAGAAAAUUAACAAUUAUACUUCGUAGUUGAAUCAAUAAAUUUCCGAUUCGCUCGAUCCCUCGGCAAACGUUCUCAAUAGGUAAAAUGCCUUUCGUUGAUGCCAGUCAAUAAAGCAAUUGAACACGCUUGAACCAUGCUCUCGAAUUUCAAUCGUGCCAAAAGUAGAACCCAAAAUAAAAUGCACUUAAUCCCUGCCUAUCCAUCGUCCUUUGUGCAAAAAUUGAAUACAUCAUACUCCGGCUGAAACAUGAUUCCAACAUGUUGUAAAACAAUCUCUACCGAAGCGUAACAUCAAAGUCCCCGGUAACCAAGCGCACCUGACUGACCUGACUUCGAUUGAUGAUUCCACCAGUCAACCCUUCAACGGUUUGUGAACUGUUCGUCCUACAUCCCGGAACAUCCACCCGUCAUCAUCCUCCACGGCAUUUCCCGUAGCAAUUACCGUUCACAACCAUCGAUGAUCGAACUUCAAACGAAAAACUAUACCCGCAUAAAAUUUGAUUUCACCCAAGCAAACAGUCGAGACAUUUCGAGAUAUACAAACAAGGGAGAACCAAAAAAAAAAUAAGGUGAAAUGUUAUCAAUAAGCAUAUACGCAGCAGACUAAUACAGGAAUGAACCAUUAACCGAAACCAAUAACAUCAGACAGAAUUACAUAUUGCAAUUCGAGUAAUUUUAGGGAAAUACGUACGAAGAGAGAAAGAGCGAGAGAACCACACACGGGCGUUAAACGUAGGUAAACAAUAUUGAAAUCUGUAAAAUAUAUACAACAAAUUUGGCAAAAGAAAAAAAAACAGCAUACAAUUCAUAAGUUGAUGGGUGAACUGUGGCGAAGAACACUGAACUGUUUAAUACUUAGAUUGUAAGUGAACGAAAACCGAUGAUGAAGGUAAAAAAAAAACUUUUCAAAAAAGAAAUAACUGUGAAUAAUAAUUGUUAAUAGUUUAUUUUGAUCCUUUGUUAACAGUUAAGGGUAAACUAGUAGGAGAAGAAGAAGAAGAAGAAGAAGAAGAAGAAGCUAAUGUGACAAGGUAAGGCAAACUUCAAAUUGAAAAAAAAAACCUUUAAAAAGAACUGUUGUGUUCCUGGACGGACGAUGCAGCUGGAAAAAAAAUGAAAUUACUCAACUAGGUCAAAGUGUAAGUAAUUGGACGAUCUUUAUGACUACUUUCCUAUAAUAGAGGUACUUCUUUUUUUCUUAUCACUUGAGGCAUCGAAAAAACAACAUCAGCAAACUUUACACACUUUGCCCUACCGAUUUCCUCUUCAACCCCAUUUCCCAUUUCUGAUGAUGAUGGUGUUGUUGUUGUUGUUGCUUCCGUUCGACAGCAAAACAGCAAAAGAACAACAAUCUUGUCUCUAGUGCCAAAAGUCCCAUCACAGGGAAGAAGAGAAGCAAAAAAAGUGGAAGCGAAAAUACACAACCGAACAACACAAAGAACUCAUACACUCGGGUUCGUGCUUCAGUAAUGGAUAAGAAAAUUAUUUUGCAUAACUCUCUCUCGUCCUCUCAAACCCGAAGGGCUUAACGGGGUGAACACACUUUGUCUGACAGUAAACUUUGGAUCUUUUUCUUCCGGACGGCGAACGCAACCCCCCUUCCUGGUCCGAGUCCGGGUCCGUGGCGGCGCGCGGUAUUCUCUCGUCCAAUUCUAGAUAUGAUAAAUUGUUUCAUUUUCCCCAACCGUCGCACAGUGGUUCGAAUCAAUAAAAACGUGGACAUAAAUCAGUAGCUGCCAAACCGUUCUUUUAAUGCAUGUAGUUGCUUUUAAGAAAUUAUUUACAAAUAUAUAUAAAUCGCGUAAUUUGAUUCUAUUUCUAAUUGUUCAAAUAUAACCAUAACUUUUUUUUCUGAAGAGAUAGAAAUUUUUUUUCUUCAACAAAGUUUUAAAACUAUUGAAAAUAAUUUACUUUGUCAAAUAUACCAAAAGUCUAGGUCGCACCGUUUCGGAUAUACAAAGCGUUUUUAUGGCAACCCUCUUAAAAUCAGUUUUUUAUUCAUAACUUGUUUCGAGUUUUUUAUGCAUACUUUCUUUGGAAUAAUUGAAGAAAAUAAAAAAUCUCAUAUUUUUGUUGAAGGUAGUGCAUAGGUUUGUUGUUUCCUGGCAAAGUUAUACAACAUUUUACCUUUUCUUACCUAUGAUAAAACCUUACUUCGAAGCGAAAUUUGCAACUUUAUACAGCUGAUUUUUACAAAAUUUAUAGGAAAAGAUAUGCCCAAUACUAUAAAAAAAAUCUAAGUGGAACUCGAUGGAACUUUUUUUAGGCCUUUUCAAAGUUAGUUUUAGUUAUUGAAUUAUGACAACCCCCUUAAAACUAGUUUUCUAAACAUAACUUGUUUCAAGUUAUUUUUUAAUCCUUACUAUGUUUGGAAUAAUUGGAGAAAAUAUGAAAUCCCAUAUUUUCGUAGAAGUUAAUGUAUAGGUUUUUUCUUUUCUGGAAAAGUUAUACAUCAUUUUACCUAUUUUUACCUAGGAAAUCUUGUACUGAAACGAAAUAUGCAACUUAAUGAAGCAAACUUUUACAAUACUUAUAGGAAAAUAUAUUCCUAAUCCAAUUUACUUUCCAAUGAGAGUACUAUUCGUGUGACUCAUUUUCAAUAUGGCCAUGCUAAAACCAUGAACGGUUAAGUAACGGAGGGCGUCACGCGUCUGCUAUUUCUGUAACUCACUUUUGCAGUGAGCGUAGAGAUGGGCAACUCGUUCCUGAGCUAUUUCAGUGAAUCGAAUCUUUAAAAAGAGCUGAUAGCUCACAGCUUUUUUAAAAGAACCGCAGCUCACCAGUUCACCGCACUGGUAAGCAGGGAUGCCAGGUUCAGAGAUUAAUCUGUGUUUCACAGAUUUUCAACCUUUUGCACAGAUUUAACAAAUGGCACAGAUUUUCACAUAUUGCUGAAAAUGGUCACAGAUUUACACAGAUUCUGAAAUUGAUCACAGAUUUUUGAAAUUGAUCACAGUUUAGCACUCAAAAUUACAGAGCGGUAGGAUAUAGUGAGACCUGUUUUCUGCUUACCAAAAUGAUUCCGAUCAGCUAUUAUGGAAACGGGGAGACGUGCACAGAUUUUGCACAGACAAGCUUUUGUCUUUAUCACAGAUUUUUGAAAAAAAUGGCUUGGCAUCCCUGCUGGUAAAGUAGAAACAAGCUACGAGCUGAACGGAUCUUCGGCUCUUGAAGAGAGAGUUAUAAUUGAAAAGAAAUGUGUGCAUGAGCUUUUGUCAGUUCUUCAAAAUGUGCAUCUAUCUUUCUUUAAUAGAUUGAAUGUGCCAUUGUCAAUAAGAAAUCUUACCUCUCACUCAGUAGGCUAAGGUACAUUCAGGAAUGCCACUUUUGCAGAUAUUCUCAAAUGUGACAUAAUAAUAAUUCGCAGACAAGUUAGUUCGCAUAGCAUUGUUCUUUGUGCAUCAAUGAUUUCGAUCAUGCAAAUGCAAAAAAAUAACAGAGUAAGAAAAACGGAGCUCAAAACAAGCAUUCAGUUCAAUCUAAAUGAGCUGAUGAGCUGAUACAUUGAAUCGAUUCCCUUUAGUGAGCUGCUCACCGGUAUGAGCUGCUUCGUAUAUCUCUAAGUGAGCGUCGCUCGAUCAAUAUAUCAUCUUAUAAAACGUGUUGCUUCGCGAUAACUCAAUUUAUUUACACGUUUAAAAAUGAAAUCUCUUCGUAAAAGUUUGUACUUUUACAAUACUCUUUCAUAUUUGGUUUGGUAAACAUUUUUCCACUUUUUUAAUAUGUGUUGAAUUUUUGAUAAUUUUCUCGGAUUUUCAAUAUUUGAAACUAACUUUGAAAAGGCCUAAAAAAUUGCAUCCAGUUCCACUUAGAUUUUUUUCUAAUAUUGUUAAUUGUCAAAAAAAAAAACAAAACAAAAAUCACAACAAUUUGCUUAAGUUGCGCGUGCAAGCAUAAGCAUGUUUAUGCGUGUUUACGCACACUUUGUAGUAGAUACUUAGGUAAUAGAGGUAGAUUCUACGUAGAUAAAUCCAAAAAAAUGAUUUUUAAAAUAAAGUGAAUAUAGGGUAACAGAGGUAUUUUGGCCCACUUUAGGAUUGAUUUUAUUUUGGCCCACUUUAUAAAAAUAUCCACCAAAUAUUGUAAUAUCUUUAAAAACCCCUUCCGCAAUAGGUGAUUUAAUGUGAUUAGCUUCAAAUUGAUGCAAAGUGAGUUACUUAACAUCGAUAAAAUCCGAUGAAAUCGAUAAAGUUUGUUAGGUGGGCCAAAAUAUAUGAAGUGGCCAAAAUACCUCUGUUACCCUAUCUCAAGAAAUAAUUUUUUUACAUUAUUUAUAUCUUCAGCAAAACUACUUCAAAUGUUUUUUUCUUCAAAAUCAGAUAGAAAUUUUUUUUGUGGAUGCACUUGUGGUGCCACUUUCAAAAGAAGCGUAAUAUAAUCUUGUAAAACUUCUUCGAAGACACGUUAGCUCUUAAAAAUCAGUGAAAGUCAGUACAGACUUUUGACCGUCUUUUUCCAGUUUUGGACCACUGUGCGUCGUUGAGUCGUUGGAAUUAGGCCAGGCUGUGGCUGGUUGGAAUUCAAACCGGGGACCGAAAAACGAUUCCAGUGAUGAUAACGCAAAUUGCGUAGCAAAAUUCGGCUACCGGUUAGGGCUACUGGCACUGGCCGGAAAUGAGUAAAGGACGGUGUUUCGAUAUUGGGGAUUGCUUUCCAAGGCAUCAUCGGUUAAUUAUGCAAUGCAAACACAGCAAUAAAUUUGUUUUCGUGAAAUCAUGGCCGGAUGCCAUGGGUUCUUUCCGGCAUAUCUAGAACUCUUUGAUGAUUUGAUGAUUUGAAGAAUAAAAUCGAAAAGUCAUAGAGCUACGGAAUCGGCAAGGAAUCAGAAAAGGAAUUCUUCACGAAACUAUUUCUCUGUACUCUUCUUACUUUUGAUCCGGUGCCGGCACCGUCGCAAAAUCCAGUGUCAUUGCAGUUACCUACAUUUCCAUAAUCCCAUCUCGAGAAGAUUUAGUUCACAGCAUCCCGAGCGUCAUCGAGUCAAGGACGACACCGUUUGCGAUGGGAGCCACCGAGCAUGGCAAAAGAGCAAACUUCUGUACCGGGUCGGGUCUUUUCGCCCGGUUGGUGGUCCGGAAGGCUUAUGUCGCCACUGAUGCUGCUGCUACUUACAACCAUCACCACCACCAUCACUGAAAGGUCGUACAUAAUUGACGCGAGUAUGAUAACGAUCUGUACGGGUUCUUGCCGUGUCACGGGACGGGUGAAAUCACGUCGGCAGUGAAAUUCAAAAAACUGAUGGGAACUCGUUUUUCUUCCGUUUUUCUUUUUCCAGCAGUCACCCAACCAGCGCAUCGUCAAUCGUCUUCAAUCGCGAACAGAACGCGUUUUUCGUACAUUUUCCAAAAGUCCCCCAUCACGUGACGGCAGUGAAGUUCUUCGAUUCCGGCUCGUAUCGUGCCGGAGACGAACGUUCGACAAGGAAAUGCCUCACCUAGUUUCACACACCCCCACCCAUUUCGCGGUGUUUUCCCUCAACUCUUAUCACUUCUGUGUGGAAGCGGAAGAUGGUUGAUUAAAAAUGCAUAAGUUGAGGUUGCGGAAAAUGAUAAAAGGGUUGAAGAAUUUGAAUAAGAGAUACUCGCCGUUGUCAGAUUUGAGGUGGCAGAGCAGUAGGGUUGUAGCGCUGGUACGGAUGCCAGAUGACUAAAAUGCUUUGGUUCCCCGAAAACCGGGUACCGGGAAAUUAUUCUAAAUUUAACAUCAACAGCUCGUGCGUUGCGAGCGGGAAAAUGGUAUCAAGCGAACAGCUGCGUGAUGGGUAAAACUUUCGUGUUCGGCAAAAUCAGGCUUGCACGUAAAUUAAUUCCCACUUUGAAAUUUCCCGGUGGUUUUGCGCUGUGGUGCCACAGUGAAUUACGCUUAAUUUCUUAGGACUUAUAAGGUUUCUCCCAGAAGCCAAGAGAGAAAAUGAUUACCAAUCACUUGAUAGCAUUGACAUAUGUCGUUUUCGCUUGAGAAAACUGAAACUGACCUAGGGUAGUUUCAUCAAACAAACAUUUUACACGAAACUGUGUUGGUUUCGCACUUAGCAACGGGGAUUUGAGUAAACCUGAAAUAACAACCAGGUUCGAAACUGACUCGAUUUUCAGUUCAACAACGUUGAACCAUUUGACAGCAGUUAGAGUGGAAACUGGGUUAGGUUUGGCAUCAAGCGAAAACGACAAUAGUUUCCCAGCCUUGUUAUUUGAAGAGUUAUGCAGUAUAAUCCAGGCGAUACGUUAGCUUCCAUCCAGAUUAGUCCCAGAGCGCAAACGUCACACGAAGCAUCAAGUCGCGCUUGCGAGAUGGUUACUACAUGGCAUGAAAAGUCUCGGGUCUCUCACAGAAAAGACGUGAUUAGUUUCGAACCGUGCAUCAAUACCAAAUUUCAUGGCAAUCUAUCCAUUCAUCAAGGUAUGAAAAAUAAAUGCAUAAAAUCAACGGUGAAAUUGAAUGAUUUGCGGUACGGACCAAACCGCGUAUUCUCCGGAUCUGGCCCCCAGCGACUAUUAUCUAUUUCCAAACCUGGAAACGUUUUUCCAUGGAAAGAAAUUUUCGUCAAAUGCUGAGGUCAUUGCAGAAACGGAAGCCUGUGUGUGGGACUCUCCACAGGACUACCACUGUAUGAUUGGAACUACCCACUAAAAUACCUUGGAUCUCCAACCCUACCUCCCCGGAACUACCGUUAGGUAUUACUUCGGGGUGGAAGGCUGUCGGUGCUCAAAGCACCCUUCCCGGACUAAUGCAUCGUCAUGGACGUCUGCGUCAUUCUCUCCUACUUUUGGGCCAUUUAUCUCUCAAUUUUGAGCCACUCGUUUCGCUACAGGGGAUCGACCAGGAAGAUGUCGAGGUCGGUCCGGCGAUUCCGGUUGGAGCUUAACUACCGGUUCGCUGGCGCCUCGACGACCCAGGGCUGGUCUACGUCGCGAACUUCUCGGUUAAUCCCCGACGAUGGAUCUAGCCUAUGCCGACGGAAAAGUUCCCCGACGAUGGAAGUUUCCCAGGGACCGACGCUCCCGAAAUCCGUGAACGGUUCGAACGGCAGGAUGCCUGAGUCGCUCCAAUGAUUCCGGUUGGAGGAAGGUUGGCUUCCGGUUCACUGGCGCCCCGACGAUCCAUACCGAAGUUACGUCGUAAUCUACGGAGAGCUCCCCGACGAAAGAGUUUCUCCCGACACCGAAUCUCGUGUUUUGCCACACGGGACACUCGAAUGAGUGCCGAGGUCGGUACAGUGAUUCCGGUUGGAGCGUGGCUUCCGGUUCACUGGCACCCCGACGACUCGACUUCGGUGCUUUGGCUUCUACUCGGCUAGUCCCCGACGAAGGUUCUAGCCUACACCGGCGAAGAAUUCCUCGGCGAUGGAAGUUCUCCCGUAACCGUCGCUUCCGAUACCCGUGAACGGUUCGAACGGCAGGAUGCCUGAGUCGCUCCAAUGAUUCCGGUUCACUGGCGCCCCGACGAUCCAUACCGGAGCUACGUCGCAAUCUACUCGUCUAAUCCCCGGCGAAGGAUUUAUACUACACCGACGGAGAGUUCCCCGUCGACACUGCGUUCCAGUUCUCCUCGCUGUGGCACACCCUUUGGACUAGGUUCUCUGGUGUAGUUUCUCUGCCACAUACAUCCAGUAGACCAUUCUUUUGUGUCGCAAAACGGGGACAGGCAAACAGGACGUGUUCUGCCGUCUCAAGCUCAUUUGGGCAGCCAGGGCAAGCAGGAGAUGCCGCGUGGCCGAACCUAUGCAGGUUCCACCUAAAACAACCGUGACCUGUGAGGAACUGCGUCAGGCCAAAGUUUACUUCGCCGUGGGGUCUGUCGAUCCAUCCGGAGACUCUUGGAAUGAGCCAAUGUGUCCACCUGCCCUAGGUUGAGCUGUCCCAUUUCCUUUGCCACUCGCGUAGGGAGGCAGUACUACGGGCGUUCCUGUUCCUGUUCCGCGUAACGUAGCACUCAGCGUCCUCCUUGAUGAGCAGUCCAAUAGGCAUCAUGCACGCCACCACGCAGGCUGCAUCUCCAGAUACCGUACGGUACGCACUGAUAAACAAACAAAUAAACAAAUAAACAAAUAAACAAAUAAACAAAUAAACAAAUAAACAAAAAAACAAAUAAACAAAUAAACAAAUAAACAAAUAAACAAAAAAACAAAUAAACAAAUAAAAAUAUAAACAAAUAAACAAAUAAACAAAUAAACAAAUAAACAAAUAAACAAAUAAACAAAUAAACAAAUAAGCAAAUAAACAAAUAAACAAAUAAACAAAUAAACAAA